GAAAGUAAAACUUAUUAUCGAUACAGACAGAGGCAAAAAUGUCCAAAAUAACGAUACUGGAUGGUGGAACAUCAAUGGAACUUGCUAGAUUUGGAAACAAAUUUAUCGAGAAAGAUCCACUUUGGUCAGCCAGACUUCUUCAAACUAACCCAGCAUCAUUUGUACAGUGCCAUAAAAACUUUAUAGAAGCUGGCUCAGAGAUAAUACUGACUGGAUCAUAUCAAGCAUCAAUUGAAGGGUUUGUAAAACAUGCAGGGGUGACAGAAGAACAGGCAUACAGUUUGAUUAAGAAGAGUGUUCAACUUGCACAACAAGCAGUUGAAGAGGCUAGUAAAGUGUCAGGUUACAAAGCAAAGAUAGCUGGAUCAGUUGGAGCUUAUGGUGCUAUACUACACGAUGGAUCAGAAUAUACAGGAACUUAUAUUGACAAAAUGUCUGUUCAGGAAAUUAAAGACUGCCACAGACCAAGAAUAAAAGCAUUAGUUGAGGCCAAACCCGAUUAUAUUGCAUUAGAAACAAUUCCUUCAUCAAUUGAGGCAAAAGCAGUAAUAUAUUUAUUAGCAGAAGAAUUUCCAGAAGUAAAGGCUUGGAUAUCAUAUACAUGCAAAGAUGAAAAUCAUACAGGUUAUGGUGAAAUUUUCUCCGAUGCAGUGAAGGAAGUGGUAUCCUGCAACAAUGUUGUGGCUGUUGGUAUUAACUGUACUCAUCCAAAAUUUAUCUCCCCCUUAUUAAAAAGUAUACAACAUUUAAACUUAACGAAACCAGUGAUGAUUAAACCUAACAGUGGAGAAGAUUGGUCUACAGAAAAAGGGUGGUAUGGUAGAGCAGAGUCGUCUCCCCUACGACCAGAAAAGAUCAAAGAGUGGAUUGGUUUAGGAGCUACAUGGAUAGGAGGAUGCUGUCAGAUCUUCUCUCCUGAUAUAGCUGAUAUGGCUGAAGUGAUAAACGCAUAUGUAAAGGAAAAUGACUGAAAGAUGAAAAGACAAGAACAAAUCUAGGGCUAUUAAAGCAUAUUUGGUUCAAGCUUGGGGUUUAUUUGGUUCACACAGAUGGAAAUACUUGAUUCAUGCUUGAGGUUUAUUUGGUUCACACAGAUGGAAAUACUUGAUUCAUGCUUGAGGUUUAUUUGGUUCACACAGAUGGAAAUACUUGAUUCAUGCUUGAAGUUUAUUUGGUCCACACAGAUGGAAAUACCUGAUUCAUGCUUGAGGUUUAUUUGGUUCACACAGAUGGAAAAACUUGAUUCAUGCUUUAGGACACAGAUUUGAAUACUUGAUUCAUGCUUGAGGUUUAUUUGGUUCACACAGAUGAAAAUACUUGGUUCAUGCAGUAGGUAAAGCUUGCUUUGUUUUUUUGUAAUAGAACCAUAAAGCAUAUUUGUGGCUUCAAUAAAUUGUUUGAUUAUUAAAUGGUGUCAUUGCUGAGAUAUUCAAACCACUGGGACAGUAUUUCUCUCAGGCUUUAAAUUGCUCCGAUUAGCAGACUAUUAAAGAGCAAAAGCACCAAAUUCAUAGAAUAAAAAAAAAAGAAAUCCAUGACGAUCACUGUUGAGGUUGCUGUCCCUUAAACCUAUGUGACAUUUCCAGGCUUACUUUCCUGAUGUAGGUCAGUUGUUCUCUUCAGGUACUCUGUCUUCGUCCAUCAAUAAAACGUACCACCAUGACUGAGCCAAGUGUGCUGAAAGAAGCAUUAUCACCAAUUAUAAAUCAAUCAAUCCAGGCAUGCUCCGAGGUGAUACAUCAUUGUUAGAAAGAGGAUGUUCAAAGUGGAUGUUGCAUUUCAUUACGUAGUGGGUCAAACUGAUAGACUUCUAUCACCAAUUACAAGUCUUGUUUCUUUUAAACAUUACAUUUGAAAUAUCAAAGAUAUAAGAUUUUUAGUUUUAAAAAAAGAACAUUUUAAGCACAUAUUGGUACAUGAAAAUGUAACUUUUUGAAACAACAAAAUUAAUUCUUCCAUAUUUUUUCCUUCACAAAUGCACUGUGUUUUCUGAAUAAUAUAGAUUUAUAAAAACAUAAAAAAAGCUAUAAUACUUAAUUUCCCAAAGGUUUCUACAAUUUAUAUCAACCAUGAAGUAGUGUAAUUCAUCACUUUGAUAUUAAUGUGGCAUUAGUCGCUGGACAUUAUACAGACAACAAUAAGAUUAAUAAACCUUAUGAACGAUUUGGUAUUUUGUCAUGUUAAGUUAUUAAUCUAUUUGCUUGUAAAAAAGUAUUAUGUUGCAUAUUGUUUGUAAAAAAAAAGUAAUGUGUUGCAUCUAUGAUGUUUCUUUUGUAGGUUAUUUGGAGUAGUUUUCAAAAAUAAUAUUAGAUUGCAUUUUAUUCCAAUCAGCUUAGUAAUACUAAGUUUAUGAAGUGAAUGUCAGUGUAGAACAUAUAUUCUAGAAUACAAAUUUAAAUGUUAAAUGUUUAAGGUAUUGCAUAAUGUUUAUUAUAGGUAAGCCAGUGUUGUAUAAAAUAUGAGAAACUGA